AUGGGCAGGACUCAGUCCCUCUGUGAGGCCACCACCAGCGCCCUGUCCAUCCGGCCGCUGCAGAGCCUGGGGCACGGGGGAGAGGCAGGAUCCAAACCCAGGACCCCGGCUCCCAGCCCACGCCUACCUGCCCGGGAGGCCACUUUUCCGGGCACCCAGCCAAAGCUCACUGACACGGCCUUUACUCGCGGGAAAAAGAACCAGUAUGAGAGCGAGGAGGCUCUGGGGAGGACCACGGGAACGCAGUUUCUCAGCGUCCUCCUCAACUACCGGCCACACCUCAUCCUACCACAAGAGGCCUCGGCGCCCCGUUUCCUGAAAAGCUGCGGGCGUCCCGGCCCGCGGGCCCCGGGCCCGGCCUCGAGGACAAAGUUUUCCGAAGUUGAGGCGCUCGGGGGGCAGGCGGGCCCGGGCGGGGGCGGGGGCGAGGCGGCGCCGCACCGGGCACUCGCCGCCGGGCUCCGGGCCUGCUCCGCCCCGGCCCCGCUCCGGCCCCGGGCCCGCCGGCGCCACCGUCACCGCCGCCGCCGCCGGCGCGGGAAGGAGCCGCCGGGGAUGGAGCCGCCCGCCCGCCCGCCGCCCGCCCGCCGCCGCCACGGCCCCUUACCCGCGGUCCGCCCCGCUCGGCCGGCUCAGGGGCGCCGGGCGCGUCCUCCGCCGCGGUCCGCAGCGUCCUGCUCCCCGGGCAUCCCCAUGUCGGGGGGCGGGGAAGGGCCGGCGGCCGCCGCCGCCGCCGCCGGCUGGAAAGUCCCUGCUGGGCUGCAACCCCGGCUCGCGCACGCGGCGGCCGCGCCGCGCCGCGCUCCCUCGCGCCCUCACGCACCCUCUCACAGCACUUCCUCUCGCGCGCUGGAAUCCCCGCCGGCCGCCGGCGCGCGCCCCGGCGCGCGCCCGCCCCGCCCCCGCCGCCCGCGCGCGCGCGUGGGAGCGCAGGAGCCGGCGAGCCGGCCGGGCCCCACGCGCUCGCGGCCCGCGCGGCCCCGCUCCCCCCCACUCGCCUCGCGCGCGCGCGCGCGCGCGCGCCCGCCUCCCGUUGCUAAGGCCCGCCCGCCCGGCGCCCGCCUGCCGGCCUUAGCAACGGCGCGGCGGCGCGAGCCCGGGCGGCCCCCGACGCCCCCAGCGCCGCCCGCCCCCUCGCUCUGCGAGGCCCCCGCCCCCGGGGCCCCGCCGUCCCCCCCUUUCCGGGAAGCCGCGCCUCACAUCAAGUGGGGACGCGGUGGCCAGUGGGCCGGAGGGCCCGGCGUCCCGAGUGGACGGGGACCCCCGUGGCCGCGCGCUGCUUCUCCUCCGUCCAGCUCGGCCUGUGCAGUGGAGGCGGCCUCCAGGGCCAAGGACGCCCGCUUCUCCAGGCCGCGGCCCCCCAAGUCCUCCGUGGGUCCCCUGGUCCUCCGAGCCCUCUGCACCCCACCAGGCUGA